AGUUUUCCCACCAAAAAACCUCAGCUUCAAUCAAAUAAGUUAUUAGAUAUGAUUGAGUUAUUAAUAGACUCAACCAAUUUUCUUUUCACAAGUUUCUUUAUACAUAUAUUAUUAUAUUAUAUUAUAUCACAUGUUCUAUAUAUACACACUAUAUACAUACACGCACAUGCACAUUACUUUCACCUAGGCCAUUCCUCUUUCAAAAAAAUCGACGACCCAAAAAGGAAAGCACAAAACAAAAAGGGAUGAAAAUCUUAUCUCAAACCCAAAUCCUUUUUCUCUCUAUAGCUAUUCUUCUCUUCAUCACAUCGUCAUCAUCAUCAUUAUCACCAUCAUCAUCAUCACCUUCAUUAUCACCAUCACCAUCAUCGCCACCACCAUCAUCAUUAUCACCAUCAUCACCGCCACCACCAUCGUCAUCACCACUAUCAUCAUUAUCACCUUCAUCACCAGCACCAUCAUCAUUAUCACCAUCAUCACCACCACCACCAUCGUCAUCCCCACUAUCAUCAUUAUCACCUUCAUCACCACCACCAUCAUCAUUAUCACCAUCAUCAUCAACAUAUUCAAAUCAAACCAGCUUAGAUUACAUCAAAACAUCAUGUAACCUUACACUCUACAAAACCCUUUGCUACAACUCUCUAUAUCCUUACGCCUCAACAGUCCAUUCCAACCCUCACAAACUCGCCGUCACCGCCCUCAAUCUUACCCUCUCCUCCGCCAAAUCCGCCUCCAAAUUCGUCAAAAACAUAUCUCACCGAGGCGGUCUAACACUUUUGGAAGCGGUUGCGGUUGCUGAUUGCGUGGAAGAGAUUGGAGACUCCGUGAUAUCGCUUCAAGAUUCCAUAAGAGAGUUGGAUUCUAUCAACUAUAAAGAUAGUGCAAAGUUUGAGAUGGUUAUGUCGGAUGUUGAGACAUGGGUUAGUGCUGCUCUCACGGAUGAUGAAACAUGUAUGGAUGGCUUCAGUCGAGUCAAAACGGCCGUGAAAGAUUUGGUUCGGCGACAUGUUGUUGAGGUAGCUCGGCUGACUAGCAACGCGCUUGCUCUUAUUAAUAUGUUCGCCUCUACGGAGGAAAACUUUUCAUAAUUAAAUAUUUGUUCAUAUACACAAAAAAAUGUUUUAUACUUUUAUUAGCUAACUAAAAGCUUAUGAUUAUAUGUAUGUGUCACUUUGUACUUGUUAUAGGAAUUGUUGAUUUUUCUGUGUAUAUAAUAAUGUACUUGUAGUCUGUGAAGAUUUUGUACUUCCUCUGUUCCUAAAAGGUUGAUGUUUUAGCUUUUGUUGUUUGUU